UGCUGACACGAAGCCCGGAUCCAGAGACUCCCUGCGCCUCACAGCCUCUCCGCACAUCUACAGCUGUGGGACUUGAUUAGUGGGUGUUGCCUCCUUGCGAUGCUGAGGAGACACCGCGGUGAACGCGAGCUGGCGGUGCCUUCGGGAUUGCGUAAAUGCGCACUGUGAACAGGUAAGCGGCAGGAGCGAGAUCCCGCCGUCGUCCUCGGCUGGUGACGCGCUGCGGCCAAACGUUUACGCAGAGCUGCUCCGUGGAGCCCCGACGCGCCGUUGACGUCCACGCAGCGAACAAUAAGGUUCGGCUUCGCCAGGGGACCGACGCUGCCGCCGCCAGCGGGUCGUGAGAUGAGACGUUCCCGUUUAAUUAGUGGAAGAACAGCCUUCGUAAAAUGCCAGAACGUCCUGCAGUCAUCGCUCCCCCGUAGAGCGCUCACUUAGCUACUUUGGCUGGUGAUUAGAGGGCUUUUUUCUGCUGGGCUGUGUCACCGUGGAGCUGCUAGCCUUCGCUUGGAGGAGUCAAGUCUCCCUCCCGUUGAAGCUUUGGGUUGGAUCGUCGCUUCGACGGCGUCUCUGAUCUCUGAUCUGCUGUAAUCUCGUCUUCUCCGUUCUAUUUUUUCUCCAUUUGGACUUUUUGUGGGAUCAGCUUCUCAGCCGCGGCUGCACCUUCCUCUGGAUUGUGUUUUUUUUCCUUCCCCAGGGAUAUAUUGGAGCUGGGAACUGUGGGUGGGAUGCAGCGAAGCAGAGACGGGUGCUGAGGAGAACGGAGCGCCUGCGACUGAAGGGCAGAUGGCUCCACUGCUCACAAACACCAACAGCAGAUGAAUAAAACAUUGGAAUAGACAGGGAGUCGUGACAUCUGGCCGAGGCGCGACUUAGACUCUCUCCUCGUCCUCUCCCCCUUUCUCUUACCCUUUUCUGUUCACUGAUUUGCUUCCUCCCCCCCCCCCCCCCCCCCCCCCGCUUUGCUUUCAUCCUCCCCUGUAUCUUCCCCCGUGUGGACGCCGGGAGUCAGGUUCGCCUGUUAUUCUCCUCUCAGUGUGACCCCCCCCCCUCACUCCGCCCGCCCUCCCCGGCACCGCGUGUGAUGCUGUGCCCCCUCCUGUCGGCCGCGGAGACAUGCCCGUGCAGGAGAUGGCGGUGAGCCCUGUGAAGUCCCUCUACUGGGAGCGGUUCCCCCCCAUGUCCCAGCGCCGCGUCUACUGCACCCCCGUCCACCACGAGGGCCUGCUCUACGUGCUGGGCGGCUGCAGCGAGACCGGCGCGCCCCUGGACAGCGCGGAGGUGCUGGACGUGGAGAGCCAGACGUGGAGCCAGCUGCCGCCGCUGCCCACGGCGCGGGCCGGGGCCUCGGCCGUGGCGCUGGGCGGGCAGGUGAUGGUGCUGGGCGGCAUGAACCAGCAGCAGACGCCGCUGGCGUCCGUGGAGAUGUACCACCCGGACGAGGGCAAGUGGGAGGCCAAGGCCAGCCUGGGGCAGACGUCCAUGGGCGUCACCACCGUGGAGAAAGAUGGGAAAGUGUACGCCAUGGGGGGCAUGGGGGCGGACACCACGCCGCAGGCCCUGGUGAGGGUGUACGAGGCCGAGAAGGACCAGUGGCAGCAGGUGACCUCCAUGCCCACGCCGCGGUACGGAGCCACGCCCUUCGUGCGAGGGAGCAAGAUCUACGUCAUGGGUGGUCGUCAGGGGAAGAUGCCAGUGACGGCGCUGGAGGCGUUCGACCUGGAGACGAAGAGCUGGACUCGCUUUCCCUGCAUCCCGAGCCGGAGGGCCUUCUCCUGCUGCGCCACAAAUGAGCGCAGCCUCUUCAGCCUCGGGGGCCUCCAGCAGCCGGGGCCACAUAACUUCUACUCCAGACCUCACUUCGUCAGCACAAUGGAGGAAUACGACGUAGAUCAAGGUGUAUGGAUCAAACCCACCCGAACGUCCAGGAUGAGGGAGAAGAGGGCCGACUUUGUGGCUGGGUGCCUGGGAGGACGGGUCAUCGCCGCUGGUGGUUUAGGAAACGAGCCAUCGCCCCUGGGCACCGUGGAGAGCUACAACCCGGUGAAGCGGCGCUGGGAGUACGCGGCGCCCAUGCCCACGGCGCGCUGCUCCUCCGCCCUGCUGCACGCGGCCAACAUGCUGUUCGUCAUCGGCGGCGUGGCCCAGGGACCCAGCAGCGCCGUGGAGGCCCUGGUGCUGCAGGAGACCGUGUGACGCGUUCAGCGACGCCCGCGAACACGACAGGCGUCGGUAUUUAAUGUUUGAUUCAUGGACGAACACAGACAUGAAAAAAAAACAAAACAUGAAUUGGGUGGAAAGAUUCCGCUGCAAUGUUGUUUUUUUUAAUCUUUAAGCCAAAAUAAAAGGAUUCCCCGUGCGGGGAGAUGUUACACUCGAUCGCACUCGACAAGCAUUUUCAGACGGGAGCUGCAAAGUUUGCAUCCGGACCAGGAUAGAUGCCAGGAAAAGCUGGCUGCUGACUGGUGGAGGACGGGGAAACGACAGCUUUUCUACUCAGAGGCUCAGAGACAGACAGAGCAAAAAAAAAAAAAAAAAAAACACACGCCAGACGAAACAACACGCCUUUGAACUGUUGAGCAUUUUUCAGAAUUAAAGCAGGGUACUUUUCUGGAUAUUCAAGGAACACAGGGCCAUAUCUGCGACUCCUCUUCGGCAACGGCGGCCGCUUUUCUACAACCUUAAAAUAGAAACCUACGUUGUGUUGCGUUUUUUUAAGGCAGCGACGUUCUGGGAGUGUGAUCGUCUUGCCCCCGUUUGUUUUUGCUGCCUUUGUCGUCCAUGCGUCACUGCUGGUGACCAGAAUCCGAAUCGGCCGACGACGCUCUUUGACCUUUGUCCCAAACAGCGACGGAGGUCAAACGUUCUCGUUUCUGCCGCCACCACAUCAGCGCCACAGCGUUCCAUCAUGGCGCCCAAACGCCCCUUACAGGGCGGACUCGCUCCUGACGUGAAUGAUGAGCUUCUCGACCUGCUGCACUGAGGCGUCCGGGCGAAUAAAUAACCCAAACAUCAGCUUGCUGACACAGUCCCCUUGAGUUGUCAGACUGACAGCACUGCAUUGUUUUCCUUGCCUCACCUUGAUGGAAAAUCAAUCAAACAGGUAAUGAUACAUAGGCAACAUUUUGAAGCAAUGGAGGACGCCCAGUAUAGAACAGAACCACAUAGACAGAGCAGCUGUCUGACGGUUGCUUGAUUAUAUUGAUCUGUUUUCUACUGCAUCCUCCUCAGGAUAUUGUGGGACAUAAACACAACCACUUAUUCUUUAUUUAUACUACUUUUGUUUAAAUAAAUAUCUAAUGAUCAAAUCUCAUAAUUUAGGAGUCACAGCACAGGUUUGAGGUUGAGGAGUUUGUGUGUUUUCUGCAGUGUGUGGAGGGAUUCAGCGUAUUUGCUCUGGUUUCUGGCUUUGCGUCGAAGGGCUGGGCCUGAAAAACGAGGCAGCUGCCGAACAGAAUGUUUUGUGACAGGUUCAUCGACCUGUGGACGGGAAUUAGCCAUUUCGUUGCUUUACUGUGAAGCACACAGUUACAGCUCUUGUCUGGCUUUUUUUUUUUUAUCCACCUGUCAGCGCUGGUUGUGUAUUUGACAGUGCACCUGAAAAAACCACUAAUCAGCUUCUCCAUUCAGAACCGACGUACUGCAACUAGAGUCUGCUGUGGCUCAGCUGCUCUGUUUCCAGAAUGUGGUUAUUGCAGGAAUUAUUGCAGGUGCACGAGAGAAAGCAGGUCGAGCCACCGGCGUCUCCCACCACGUACAGGUCUGCGUAAGGCCUCUGUAUCCAAACAGAGAGGAGAGAAUGAGGGCGGGAAGAAAGGUUUCAUCCACAGAUGUCCUUUUCAACAUUUUCCUCGCUCUUUCAUGUUUUUCUGUCGGCACCUUGUUAACAGAGUGUGAGUCAAGCAGUAGGAGCUCAGACGAGCUGCCAGUGGACAGUCGGUUAUUUCUGGUGCUGCGGUGCGUGCAUCUGAUUGUGUGUUGGAUAAGCACGCACACACACACACACACACACACACACACACACACACACACACACACACACACACAUACUCAUUUCUGUUUGGCUUGGGCCACAAAUGCUUGGAGGGAGCACAGAGAUCAUUGUGUUGGCUGGUGGGGGACCGUGGCCCCGCGCUCCAUCCACCACCGAUUAGCCUACUCACAAUAAAUCAGCGUGUUUGCGUGUUUGCCUGGUGUUUCGGUUGCUUGUGGAUGUUGGCAAGGAAGCUCCGAAACUACAGGGGAUGCGUCUGUGCUGCAGUACCACGACUGGCCACUGACACUGCUGUGUCGCCAGUGAGGCUGAUCACGAUGGACACGUUCACAGCACAUACAGCACGCUGGUGUCCUUUCGCAUGAUUGUGCGACUGCUUGACAUUGACACAGGCCCUUUCUACUGUUGGGAGAGCUGUCUGGAGGUCGCACACUGUCUCCCGCACAUUUUCUUUUUCUGUGGCUUUUUGACACGGUUCACGGUUCAGAACUGCGGGGAAUUCUCAGCCUGUGGUUUGCUCUCUCAUCUGGUUUCCUGGUGUCAUGUCUCAAACCAUCCCCUCCCUGUGGGACUGUUUCAUAGAGGAGACGCCUCGUAAAUGUGACUGCAAAAACGCUUCUCUGUUGUUCCGUCUCCCUGCGUGAUGUGACCGUCAGGCCCCGUUACUGUUUGACAGAAGAACAGAGCAGGUACCAGCUAAUUACCUGCGGUACUUUUUAUAGCCGGCCAUGAGCAGAUGAUGUACAAGCAUAUGUAAAUGUGUAUGUAAAUGGACUAGUUGGAAGCCAAAACAUAUUGUGUACCUGCUUCCCAUGACAUGAGCAUUAAUAUGGUUUUAAUUUGCACCAGAUCCAGGGGGAAAUUUUUCAAAGCAUGUCUGAAAAGGCACAGGACAUCACCCAUUUUUUUUUAAUACCCCGCAGCAACAAGGAACAAACACUCUCUUCUUGUCCGGACCUGGGACUUGCCUUGCCCCAAAAGUUGCCUUGUGUAUCAUUACCUCUCACUUCUGCGUAGACGCAGUAUGCGCCCCGGUGUCCGAGACGCCGCUCGGGCCCUGCGUUGGUGUAGGCACACGGGCGCGUGACAUGCCUUGUGCCUUGGUUCCGCAAAAAUGAGGCCCACAGACUCAGGUUCUAACAGACCGGUGGGGGUGUGGGGGUGGGGAGUAGAAGAUGCAGAAUUUACACUAUUUUCAGUUUUAUGAAUCCAGUGCAGCUCUGUUUUAUUUUUGACUGUGAAAAGCUUCGAUAUAUAUAUUUUUUUUGUUUUGGUUUUCGUGCGGCAAACUUCAACACGGUUUCCUGGGCAACGGGAACAGUGUCAACACCCGCAGGUAGCAUCAGUGUGUUCCUCUUUCACUAGCGUAUCCAUGUGUUCCCUUUGUUUUUGGUUCCGUAUUUAAGUCUUUGGAUGGAAAAAAAAAGUCAAGCACCCCAUUUGAUUAUUAUUGAUUAUGUAAUCAUAAUUAGAUAUGAUGGUAUUUAUUUGUUGUCACCUGUUCUUGUUUGUGGGUCACGUUGCCCUUCAGCUGUUCGUGUUGUGGAUUGAAGGUCGUGAGGUGACAGAUGUGUUGUGCUUCUUAACCAGAUCUGAGUUGUGCUCCUCAAACUGUUCGUCGCUCGUCGUCCGUUCCUGUGAGCGAAGGCGUUUCCAGGGGAAAAACACGAACCCAGAACCCCCUCUUCCUCUUCAUUUCUCUCUCGCUGUACUGUGCCGUUCCCCCGCAGUGAUCGACAUGGUACAGUGGAAACCCGGUGAACCCGCUUUGUGGUCCCAGUGGAUCGGUAUUUGCCAUGUGCUCUGUAUGUGCUUAUGUGACUCUGGGAGGUUUACUGAACUUGAAAUGUUUUGACGGUAACAUGAAAUGUGACUGACGUGAAACAAAAGUGUAUUAUUUAUUUCACACGUGGGCAAAUGUGAAAGACUUAGAGGUUUAUAUCUCUGUUUACUGAGGCUUUAUAGUUUUCUUUUACUGUUCUAACUGUAGAACAGAUGUAAAAUCCCAGUUUAUUCAAAUAUUCACCCACACCACUUCAAACUAUGCACUUACAGUAAAUCGAACAGAUAAAGUGACUUCCUCCUCCUCGAAUCACACAGAUAUAGAAACAUGAUUAAACGCAUACAGCUAAGUUUAGUUUUAAUUAUCUCGUGUUUACAAUAAUGACUUAUUCAGCAACACAAUUACUUUAAAGUCACAGUUAAUUGGCUGGUUCAUAUACACGACUUUCAGUUGGUUGAACCGGCUUUGUUUGGUUCACACGUCAUUGAAAAUCUCAGCAAGUGACGUGAACAAAGGCCUUUAAACGCUCUCCUUCUCCCGGCAGGUUGUUUAAGAAUUAAGCAACAGAUGUACAGUCAUUUAUCAUUUAUCCUACUUGAUAACUCGCCUGUAAACAAACAAAGAUUAGGCCACCGUCCGUUUACAGAUGGAGCCUUUCCCCUUUUUCCUCUUCAUUAAUCGCUCACACGGACGAAGACAGUGAAACAAGGGGAGGAAACAAGGGGCCUGCAUUGCUUUUAUUAUUAUAAUCCUCAUUAUAAUAAUAAUAGUGACACAAAUGUCGUGGGUUGCUGUUGUCGCUGUAACAGAUUAAUGUGCCACCGCAGUGUGUCCUCAAAAUGUUUAAUAGAACGUGAGAUGCAAAAAAAAGGUGCAGGAGUGUAUCAGGGCGAGUGUUGUAGGACGAUGACAUGUCCGUGUGCAAAGGCUGCCUCCCCUCACUGAAGCCUGCCAGUCACAUCUCUACAUCACAACACAAUCUGUGGCUUCAUGCAGCGAUAGCUGGGGUUAGCGUUGGCUUGAAUUGUGUCACUCCCAAUAACAGCUUCAUAGUUCUCCUCAUUAACCUGAUAAUGUGAACUCGGAUUUUUUUCUUUUAAUAUGAAAGUCACCUUGAAGGCAUUAGGCAAACGAGCCCCGUCCAGUCUUGCUGGUUUUAGACCAGUCAGAGGCUGCGCCUGUCUGUGACUGAAGCCAGGGUUGAUGCGGCUGGCAGGCUUCGGUCCUCAGACCGAGUCGUGGCUGUGACACCAGUGCAGUAGUUCAGUGCCUAUACUAAAUGUGAGGUAGUGCCUCGACUAUGAAUCCUGUUCUAUAAUAAACUAUUUUGACUUGCUGUCUGA